CGCCGCUUGUCCCGGGCCCGGCGCCUUUUGUACCGGCGGAGCGCGCGGCGCCGCGGCCCCCGCGCCGGGAGGGGGAAGGAGGAGGAGGAGGAGGAGGGCGAGGGGGGGGGUCUCUCGCCCUCCUCCGCGCCUCCCCGCCCGCAGCACCCACAGAAAGGGGCAAUGGCGGCGCGUUAGCCCGGCGGCCUCGGCGGCUGCGGACCUCCCCGCCCCGUGCCGACCGCAGCGGAUGCGCGCCUCGCCUCAGGCCCCGGCGGGAGCUUAGCGGGGCCCCCGGCGGCCGCCGCCGCUUCUCCUCCUCCUCCUCCUCCUCCUCCUUCCUCCCUCCUCCUGCUGCCGGGCGCGGGGGAGGGCGGGCAGCUCGGGGCGUCCCGCUCCCCCCCCCCCCCCCCCCUCAGCCCCGCGGGCGCGGCGGCCAUGGCGACCGAGCUGGAGCCGCCGGCGGCGGGCGGCGUGCCGGGCGCGGCGCCGCUGGAGGCGGAGGAGGACGAGGAGCACUGGCUCUACGGGGAUGACACCACUGGUAAGCAGGAAGAUGGACCAAUUUCUGGACAUGCAGAAUCUUCUCAUCCUUUGCAAGAUGCUCCUCAGGAGAACCGGCCUGUCAGCAAUGAAGACCGAGAGAUGUCACAACAUGCCCUUCCGAGUGGUGAAGAUGAUGAAGAUGACAGCGAUAGCGACAGUGAUGAUGAUGACGUGAAAGUUACUAUUGGCAACAUUAAAACGGGAGCACCAUCGUACAUGGGAACUCCUAUGAAUCUAAACUUAAAAACGGGUAGAGGCUAUGGAGCAUCUGCUUCAGCCAAGUUGCAGCCCAAAGGUAUUGACUUAGAUGCUGCGGGGAAUAUAAAUGGAUUGCCUGUUAUAGAAGUGGAUUUAGAUUCAUUUGAAGAUAAACCAUGGAGGAAACCAGGUGCUGAUCUUUCUGAUUAUUUCAAUUAUGGAUUCAAUGAAGAAACAUGGAAAGCUUAUUGUGAAAAGCAGCGACGGCUUCAGCUUGGCCUGGAUCCUGCUCCUCCCAUCACCACCGAAAAUAAGAUCACGGUUCAGCAAGGUAGAACAGGAAAUGCUGAAAAAGAAGUGGAAAACAACAUCAUCAAAACAGAAUUCAAAACAGACUUCUUGGCUCUGGUGGGAGGACGCAUGAAGGCUGGGCCUCCUCCUAAUAGGAAGCUGGGUGGGACGAUUGAUGUGAUCGGUGGCCAGGCAGGCACAAUUCGGAGAGUAGAAGGAAGACGUCGUGAUAAGCAUGCCUCUGAGGAAAACCCAAUUCAGGUCCUUGGAGACCACGGAAGUAAGCCACAACCCCCACAACAGCCCCAGCAGCCAUCACAGCCCCAACAGCCACCUCAGCAACAGCCGUUUGCACCACCAGCAGGCCCACCGCCUCCCCCGCUCGCUGGGCCACCUCCACCACACUUCCUCCACCCUCCUCCACCAGUUACUUCUGUUCCACCUCCCCUGCAUCCGCCAGUGCAAGUUUACAGACAUACUGGCCAUGGCCUAAGGCACAUUUUUCUGUCUUCAGUUCCUACGAAGUCUGCGCAUCUUCUGAUCCAACGUCUGCCGCCCCCCGGGCCUAUCCCAGGGUUGUUCCCGCCUCCUCUGGCACCACCACCAGCUCUCCUCAUUCCAACCUUGGAUGGCCAGCCAGCCAGCUACAAUAACAGGCAGCCUCCUCCAUUUGGCUACAACUCUGCAGAUUCGGGUUUCAUCAGCUACCCACCCAUCUCCACGUCCCACACGCCCUGGGUGACGACGGUGGACAAAGGCACAAGCAGUUCCAGCAGCAGCCAUUGGGAGUACUCGGGCUCGAGGCGCGAGAGGGAGCGGGAACGCGAGCGGGAAAGGGAAAGGGAGAGAGACAGAGACCGCACCCCGACCACUAGUGAAUACAACAAUGACGAUGAGCGGUACCGCUACUACAGCCGAGAGCGCAGCUACGACUUCGAGCGCGACUACCGCCGGAGUCGAGAUCGCAGCAGGGAGCGAGAGGAUCGUCACCGCGAGCGCAGGCACAGAGACAAAGAGGAGAGCAGCAAGCAUAAGUCUUCAAGACGCAAGCAGCACGAGAGUGAGGAGGGAGAGAGUCAUCGGCGUCACAAGCACAAAAAGAACAAGCGGAGCAAAGAGGAGAAGGAGGCGAGUGAAGACGGUGCCCAGGAGGGAGAGGAGCAGGAUGCCAAGGAGUGACCCACACCCAGCCCUGCGCCCCGGAGGAACUGACUCCUUGUGAACCAGCGUGGCAGUGGUGAUGGUUUGGUUUGGGGGUUUGAUUGUUUUUUUUUUUUUUUUUUUUUUUUUAUUUUGUAUUUUUUAUUUUUUUCCCAAGGGAGGAGAGGCUGACUCUGGGUGAGCGGUGAAGUGUGUUGCAGUGGUUUGGAAGCAGAGGCUGCACAUGCAGUUAAAACUCUUUUUUUUUUUUUUUUGAUACGAGACAAAAUACAGCAGUACUAGUAUACAAAGCACUGAGCUACUCUACUCAUAAACAUCCCUAGGGAGAACUUUGUUGUAUCAGAUCCUAUGGUUUCUGAUGGAAGAUGGCUUCAGCUGAAACUAAUGCAUUUAGGUAAUAGUUUUUUGUUUAUUUUUUCAUCAUCAUCAUUCCUUUUUGAAAACCAGGACAGUAAGUGCGACUUGAAAUUUAUUGUCCAAAGAAGAGUGUCGUUUAGACCCUGAGAGCCAGCUUAGAGUCUGGUUUCUAGUAGUGAAAAGUCCCAUCCCCAAAUAAAUUUCUUUCUAGCUACAAAAAUAUCUCCUGAUACCUCUGUGGCCAGCCAGGCAGCGCCUGAGGAGGAGCGGCUUUUCCUGCUGGGUCACAAGAUCCUGCUCUGGCCUGACGGCUUCGAGAAGUGUCGUGUGUGUGUACACAGGGUGUGCAAAGACUUCAAACCUAGCUUGGGUUUGGUUUUUUGUUUGGGUUUUUUUUUUUUUUUUAUCCAUUGCAAAAAUAGUUCUGUCAUAUAUUACACCUCUGAGUGGGAAAUCAACGGAAGACCCAUAGCAAGAGCAUGAGUUCCUCUUUAAUUAGUUUUGACUUUUUUUUUUAAAAAAAACUAAGAGUUGACCUGAAUAAUUUAGCACAGUAGAGAACAUGAAGUCCCAGCUAGCGGUUUGCCCUCAUGGGGUUGGCUUAUUUCUACUUGGUUCUCACCAACACUCCUGUGCAAUGCAUUCCUUCCCCCUAGAGCUCGAAAUAAAUUCAGUCAAAUUUCA